AUGAAGUUAGUGUUGAAUAUGGAGAGUGAAAGCGAACAAGUUAAGCAGAAGCUGGGGGUCUUUGAUAUCCUCAAUGAAGCUGUAACAUUCUAUGUCAAAAACAUCAACUUCAUCAUCUUCACCUGUCUCACUUCCCUUCCUUUCUUUUUUGUCAUGGUUUACUUCGAAGUUUUGUUCCAGAAAGUUAUGGUUGAGACCCCAGAAAUUAUAUCACUCCUACCCUUUUUCGAACACAAUUAUGCAUAUGUUUAUUAUGUAUCUGAUACUUCCAUUGAUGGCAUCGUCCACAUGGAACCUCGUAAAAGUCUUCGUAAUGAUUAUUUGCCUGUUUUUAUUAAACUUGGAUUGAUUUACUUGGUGCCUCUUCAUGUUUUAGAGCUCUUCUCUGCUGUUAUAACUAUGGAUUCGGCUUCGAAGCUAAAGUCAGAAGAGAAUUACACUAGUCUCAAGGAUAUGUUUAAAAGCUCCAUUGACAUGUCAAUAAUGAAAGGCACAUUUAUCACUUCUUUGUAUAUGCUCUUUUGGUCAACUUGUUUCUUGAUUGCAUUCCCAUGGAUAGUAAGUAACUGUUAUAUGCUCUUCAGGGAUUUUGGGUACUACAUAUUGUUUUCAGUAAUUUGCUUUCUAGCGUUUACAAAGCUGUUGAUGGUGUAUUUGGAAUGGAGUGCUAUUUGGAAUAUGAGUUUUGUGAUAUCAGUCCUGGAGGGUAUAUAUGGUAUUGGGGCUUUACGAGUUUCAUAUUUCUUCAGCAGAGGUAAUCAGAAGAGAGGAUUACUUUUGAUGUUUGUUUUCUUUGCCUUGGGGCUUUGUUUAAGGUUAUCAUGUGUCUCCCUUGAAUGCUAUAAAAGAGGGUAUGGGAUAUUUGUACAAAUUGGGCUCCUCACUGUGGUGAAUACACUGAAAUGGGUGUCGUGUAUGAUUUACUUCUAUGAUUGCAAGGAGAGGAAAAUGGAGAAGAAAGUUGAUGAGGAAUCAGGUAAAAAGAUCUUGCAAAAUGACUCAUGA